UCGCACUCAUCACCAUGUUUGGUCUCCAGCGGGCAGCCCCAGCUAUGGCGGGCCGCCGUCUACUUUCUUCUCUUGUGUCCCGGCAAAACUUCAGUUGUGCACGCUCAUUCCAAAACGCUCUUGCAUCCCCCUCAAGCGUUCCUCUUUCCACAAAAACCCAUGCCGGAUCUUUAUUGUUGCGUCGUGGUUAUGCCGAAGCAACUGGCAAAUAUUCGCGCACAAAACCUCACAUGAACAUCGGAACCAUCGGUCACGUCGACCAUGGCAAAACCACCUUAACUGCAGCUAUCACCAAGACCCUUGCUGAGAGUGGGGGAGCAACCUUCACAGACUAUGCGGAAAUUGAUAAGGCUCCCGAGGAGAAGGCUCGUGGUAUUACUAUCAACUCUGCUCACGUCGAAUACGAGACGGCUGCACGACACUACGGCCAUAUUGACUGUCCCGGACAUGCGGAUUACAUUAAAAAUAUGAUUACUGGUGCGGCUCAAAUGGAUGGUGCAAUCAUUGUUGUAUCUGCUACGGAUGGACAAAUGCCGCAGACGCGCGAGCAUUUGCUAUUGGCUCGUCAGGUCGGGAUUAAAAAACUGGUUGUUUUCAUUAACAAGGUAGAUAUGGUCGACGACAAGGAAAUGCUUGAGCUUGUCGAUAUGGAGAUGCGUGACCUGCUUUCGACUUACAACUUUGACGGCGAAAAUACUCCGAUCAUUAUGGGCUCUGCUCUUGCUGCUUUGGAAGGUCGUAACCCCGAAACUGGUGCCGACAAGAUCCGUGAACUGGUAGCGGCUUGCGAUGCAUGGCUUGAGCUGCCUCCUCGCGAGUUCGACAAACCGUUCUUGAUGGCAGUUGAGGAUGUCUUCUCUAUCUCUGGACGUGGUACCGUUGCUACUGGUCGGGUUGAGCGUGGAGUCGCGAACAAAGGUGAUGAAAUUGAAAUUGUCGGCUUGAAUUCGAGCUUCAAGACAGUGCUUACGGGAAUUGAAAUGUUCCACAAGGAGCUUGAUCGAGGAGAACCUGGUGACAAUAUGGGAGCGCUUCUUCGUGGUGUGAAGAAAGAGCAAGUCCGUCGUGGUAUGGUACUCGCUGCUCCUGGCUCCAUCAAGCCUGUCAAGAGGUUCCAUGCUCAGAUCUAUGUACUUACGAAGGACGAGGGUGGUCGCUACACUCCUUUCAUGGCUAGCUACAAACCUCAGCUAUUCUUGCGUACCGCUGACAUUACUGUUACAUUGGAAUUCCCGGAGGGUACUCCUGACGCCAAGGAGAAGAUGGUUAUGCCUGGAGACCACGUUGAGAUGGUAUGCAACCUUCUGUACGAUGCAGCUGCUGAAGUUGGCACGCGCUUCACUCUCCGCGAGGGUGGCAAGACGGUUGGCACUGGUAUCGUGACCAAGAUCCUCGAAACAGCAUAGAAAUUUGCAUCUAUCUAUUAAUAUACUGAGCAUUUGUAUAUGUCAAUCCCACUCUGCUCAUUAAUUAGAUAUUUUUACGGCACGCUGCUAUCGUUCGUGCUUUUCAAAAAUAAAUUGGAUACAAACG